AUGGAUAUUGAUACCCCCGUGCCUAUGGCACCGCAGGCCGACGGUGCAAGCGAGAUUCCCACAACGCUCUGCUACAACUGCGGGGCUCCUUUAGUUGGAACGACGAUAUGUCCGGAUUGCAUGAAACUCCAAGUCGACAUCUCUCAAGGUAUUCAACGAGAAGCGGUCCUGAACUUUUGUCGUGACUGCGAGCGCUGGCUCCUCCCACCGAACUCAUGGAACGUAGCGGCUCUCGAGUCGCGCGAGUUGUUGGCGCUGUGCUUGAAGAAACUGAAGGGACUGAACAAAAUUCGAGUCAUCGAUGCGGGAUUUAUCUGGACGGAACCACACUCGCGGAGAGUCAAGGUCAAGCUCACGAUCCAAGACUCGGUAUCCGAGGGUGUUAUCCUGCAGCAGACUUUCGAGGUCAUCUACAUCGUAAUGUACCAGCAAUGUCCGGAGUGCGCAAAGUCAUAUACCCCCAACACGUGGCGUGCGUCCGUCCAAGUCCGACAACAGGUCCUUCACAAGCGAACCUUCCUAUACCUCGAACAGCUCAUCCUUAAGCACAAGGCGCAUCAGAAUACCAUCAAUAUCAAGGAGGCAAAGAACGGAAUUGAUUUCUUCUUCGCCCAGCGGAACCACGCCGAAGGCUUCCUCGAUUUCCUCCAUUCCGCAGUGCCCGUAGAGGUUACGAAGUCGCAGCAGAUUAUCUCCGAAGACAUUCAUACCUCGACCAAGUCGUACAAGUUUACCUACUCUGCUAAGAUCGUGCCGAUCUGCAAGGACGAUCUCGUGGCGAUCCCAAUAAAACUCGCAAAACAGCUUGGCAAUAUCUCUCCUCUGCUGCUCUGCAACCGUAUUGGCACUUCGAUCAGCUUCCUCGACCCGAACACACUCCAGACCGCCGAUCUCAACUCCCGGAUAUACUGGCGAUCGCCUUUCACAUCUCUCACAGAGGCUAAAGACCUCGUUGAGUUCAUUGUGCUAGAUGUUGAGCCAACAGGACACUCCAAGGGCAAAUGGUUUCUGUCUGAAGUGACCGUUGCUCGUGCAUCUGACUUCAGCGGCGAUAGGCAAUACUUCACGCGAACCCAUCUCGGCAGCAUCAUCCAUCCCGGUGAUUCCGUGCUCGGCUACAUGUUGACGGGAACAAAUUUCAACAACGCGCAAUUUGACGAAAUCGAGGCGUCCAACACGUACAACUCCACCAUUCCAGAUGUUGUCCUGGUCAAGAAGUUCUACCCAAGGCGCACUAAGCACACCAAACGCAACUGGAAGCUCAAGCGCAUGGCUACAGAGCACGACCCCUACCUCUUGCCGAACAACAAGGAGUCUGUGGAGAACGAUUUUGAGAUGUUCCUGCGCGAUGUAGAAGAGGAUGAGGAUCUUCGGGCGACGCUGGCGUUAUACAAGAACAAGAAGAAGGAUGACACCAUGAGCGUGGCAGACACGGACAUGAUGAACGAUGGCGAUGAAGAAGUUCCCAAGAUCAACAUGGACGAGCUACUGGAUGACUUUGACGACCUUGAUAUUGACGACAACAUGCAAGAAUAA